GACGUUGCCCUCCGGUCGCCAGUGACGUGUACGGAGAGGCAGGGUGAGGACGUGUAGUAAUCGCAGUCAUGGCCGAGUUAUUCAGGAAUUUGACCCUUCUUCUCAUGACGGAGAAGUGUUUCGACAAAUUUUUCAUGGAAAAUGAAUUCUUGGAUGGUCCAUGUCUGGCUGCACUCCUCAGCACCUGCCUGGGAUAUGGCAUCACCGUGGGGGCCAUGAUGGUCAAACUCCCACAGAUCAUCAAAAUCAUGGUUGCCAAGAGUGGAGAGGGAAUCAGUGUCGUGGGGACAAGCCUCGAGCUUUUGGCUGCAAUGAUCACCACUUCGUACAAUUUCCUCAAGGCCCACGCAUUCAGCUCAUAUGGUGACAGUUACUUCAUUACACUCCAGAACUCCAUUAUUGGCUUCCUAGUGUAUUACUACAGUAGUUCAGCAGUUCCAGCUGUCUUCUACCUGACAGCUGCACUCUCAACUACAGCCUUGCUCUGCUAUGGGAUGGUACCCCUCAACCUUCUUUGGUACCUUCAGGCCAUGAACAUCCCUAUGGUAUUUGCAGGAAAGAUGGUCCAGGCUGUAUCCAACUACAAGAAUGGUAGUACAGGUCAGUUGUCUGUGGUAACUGUCUGCUUACUGUUCUUCGGCUCAGCCUCAAGGAUCUUCACUUCCAUCCAGGACACAGGGGACCAGGUCAUGAUCAUCCAGUACUGUGUAGCCACCUUGGCCAAUUUCAUCCUACUGGCACAGAUCUACAUUUAUUGGGAUGUUCCUGCUGCCAAAAAGGGGGGCAGGAAGAAGGACCGCUCAGGAAACAAGAAGAAGCAACAGUAGAAGCAAAAAGUGCGUGUGGAUGUACAUGUGGUUUACUCUCUGAAUUCAGGUUACUGCAGUGUGCUUGUGGGUGUUGACGUGAGUGCUAAGGUGACAAGGCCUGUGUACAUAACGUUUAUAGUAACAACUGUAUGUGGUUUAGUAUUAUCAAUUUAAUUAUUUAAAACUUGAAUUUUUUUUUAGAUGUCAUUAUUAUUAAUUUAAUAUAUUUCUUAAAUUUGUGUUUUUUUUUAAUGACAUUGAGUUGAUAAUUGCUGUUGGACAUUGUCUCGUAAAGUCAGUGAAAGUGAUGUAAAUAUAAUUGUUAUUUAUGUUAAAUAUGUGCUAUGUUAUCCGAGAAUUGUUCUUCAACUUCCAUUGUUCUUCCUUUGUGUCGUGUUUGUCGUAGAAAUGAUUUUUUCUAUGCAUGUCUUGUCAGUGUCUACAAAAUACAUUAUUUUUCUCCAAUGUGUUGCCGUGUCUACAUUCCUUUGGUCCCUCUUAUAGAAAGAGGGAAUUAAAACUUUGUUUUUUAAA